AUGGAGCAAAACAGAGGAUUUGGACUUCAAACCAGUUCAAUGCCACUGCAUCAACUUUGGAUGGAGCUAAAAAAGAUCUACUCAAUGGAUUUCAUCAAGACCAGUUCCCUGCGUGCUCUGAUUGAGUUAACUUUCCAAUGCAAGUGGAGCGGCCUCAUUUGGAUGAGUAGAAAAGGAGUUAUAGCCAAAAUAGCGAAGACUGGUCCAGGCGGCUUUUUCGAGAAACCGCGGCCAAGCCGUGCAGAACGGCCGGCCGAAGAACGAAUGUUCCGCGGUCGGCCAAAGUCCAAACCAUCCGUCCAAACCUCGGGAUCCGGGAAGCAAUGUCCCACGGUCGGCCAAGUCACAAUCGUCUAA